AUGGCAUCAUCGCAUGCCGUAACUGAAGGUGGUCAAGCAUGUGACAUGUCUGUGGUGCUUGUGCUCCACCUACACAUCAACUCUCUCUCCCCCACUGCCUACCAGUGCGUGGUGGCUGGUGAACGAGGAGCAGCUGUUGGCGCUGCGCGCACAAAUGGCGCUGGCGGUGUUCCUGACUGCCACACCGCGGGCGGGCUGCCGUCCCUCAGCGUGACGACGUUCCUGUGCUUGCCCUGCCACACGGUAAGCGAGGACAAGCCUGAUGAUGGGGCCACUGCGCGCCACACGCCAGGCUUUGACGCUUCAUCACUCUUUGCCUUCUCCUGCCGUCCUUCUGCUAGCCACAGUCUUCCGUGUCCCCUCUCGUCCCUUGCUGUGGCAGGCGGUGGUGCUGGUGAAGGGCACGCCUGCUUUGGCUAG